AGGUAGAGACGCCGAUUGCCCAGAUCAAGAAGGAGACCGAGCUGCUGCAGGCUGUGCAGGGCGAGUGCAUCGUGAAGUUCCACGGGGUCUUCUUCGAGAAGUGCUUCGUGUGCAUCGUCAUGGACAAGUACUCGGGGGGCGACCUCAUCGACGGGCUGCACCUGCAUCUGAAGGAGAAGGGAAAGAUCGACUGCUUCUCGGUGGCGCACAUCAGCUUCCAGAUGGCGAUCUCCCUGUGCUACAUCCACGGGAGGAACAUCGCCCACAGGGACGUCAAGGGCGACAAUUACCUAAUGGACAGGAAGAACAUAGCCGACCCCGAGUGCCGCAUCGCGCUCACGGACUUCGGCGCCUCGACGUACGUGCCGCAGGGGGAGAGGCUCAGCGCCGAGGUGGGCACGAGGAUCUUCUGGGCGCCCGAGAUCUUCCGAAGGGACUACGGGCCGAAGGUGGACAUUUGGGCAAUGGGCGUCACGAUGUACGGCCUGUUGGACGGCUUCUUCCCUUUCAAGGACGAGAAGGAGAUCUGCAAGCCGACGCGGGAGCUGAAGUUCCCCAAGGUGGACUCCGCCUGCAAGGACUACCUGCGAGCCAUGCUCACCAGGGACGAGAAGGCCCGUGCGUCCUCCGAGGAGAUCAUGGUGCACAAGUGGGUGGACCACGGCAGGGGCACCGCGCCGGCCAGCCUGUCCGCGUCCUCGCCGCACCCGAGCACCGAGAAGACGCGGCGCACGUCGGACGACGUGACGGUGACGAUGGCUCCGGGGGCCGACGGCAAGAACAACCAGGACGAGAAGAUGGGCGAGGGCAUGCGGGACGACGUCAACGUCGGCAUCAUAGAGAGGCGCCGCGAGCUUCUGGAGCGGCUCAACAAGGAGCACGCCAAGGCCGAGAAGCACCGCCGCGGCACCCGCACCCCGAAGGAGGAAUCCCAGCACUUCUGGGCGAAGUGGUUCACCAUCGCCGACAAGCGGAUGGGCGAGACGCUGAAGUUCGAGUGGUGGGGCGAGGAGCAGGUCAAGAAGAGCGGGAUCCUGGCCAUGGCGGGCAUGUCCCAGCAGCCCGAGGACGCCCAUGGCGACAUGGACAAGUCUCCCCUGGUCGUGGGCCAGAUGCUCCGGGACUGCGACAUCGACACGAAGGCCUUCGGCACCGGGCGCGCCAAGACGCUGGAGCAGCUCGCGGCGGAGGUGCAGAGCGGGGCGGCGCGGCUCAUGCUCGACGCCACGGACUACAAGAAGCUGGUGCGCGUGGUCGACGUGGUGCUUCUGCGGCUGGUGAGCGCCCCGGCCCAGGAGGCGGAGACCGAGAAGCGGAUCCUCGUGGAGACCGGGGAGCAGUACCCCGACGGCCGCAGGCGCGACACGCACCGCAUGCCUGGCGCGAAGAAGCUGCCGCACGAGACCUCGAAGGAGGUCGCGCAGCGCGUGCUGAAGGACUUCCUGAACAUGGACAGCGUCGCGAUACACUUCGACUUCGACUGCAAGGAGGUGUACGAGGAGGAGGAGAUCUCGCCCUCGUUCCCUGGCGUGACCACUGUCUACCGCAAGGAGAUCGUGCAGUGUUACGUGCACGAGACCAGCAGGAGCGCGCUCGCGAUGAUCGGCCUGCCCCAGGGGAACAACUGGACGGCGGAGGAGGCCAACCACCAGAUCAGGUACCUGGCCUGGAUGACCGAGGAGCAGGCCGUGGCCAAGGGCGUGAAGCUGCGGGCCGAGGGCUCCGAGGAGGUCUCCGGGCUGGUGAUGGCGCCCAUCGGGCUGGCCGAGGACGACCUGGCGGAGGUUCUGCAGCACAACGGCGCCGACCCGUCGCUGUUCGGCAAGGGGGCGGCCAAGAGCCUCAAGGACCCGCG